AUGACUACACAUUGCGACACAUCCCCCGAGGUAGUUCCCUCGGAUCUACCGCAAACUGUUUACCCCAACGGCGAACAUAACAAUUGGUCCAGUCAAGGAAACAACGGUUAUCAAUUUCCCACCAGUGAUAAUGCGUACCACAAUGACUCGCUGUUACCCCCGAAACCAGAAGCUGAAUCGACGGUCCAAACAGUUUCUGGGAGUGGCGAGGAAAACAAGUGGAAGCGGAGAUGCUCUUGCUUGGUCAUUGCCCUCGCCAUCGCUUUAGUUGUGGCUUGCGCAGUUGCCGUUGCGCUGGGAGCCGUUCUUGGCGUAACCAUCAAGGAAAAGCAAGAAUCUCAAGCGGAGAUGAAAGCUCUAUAUGUUUCCCUCUCUGCGUCCGAAACCUCAACAUACAUCGCUACUUCUGUUUCCCUUUCGGGUCCCGAGAUUCCCUCAGCCACAGCUACUUCUGCUUCCGCCUCUGCAACCCAGGAUGAGAGGGAAGAUAUCUCGAACGGUUGCUCGGCGGAAGAAGACGAGUUGACGAACACCACAUAUACUUCAGAAUUCAAACCCUUCUCGAAGUUUGCUGUACACUGCAACGAUAACGCAGCCAACGUCCCUGUAUACUCGGUGUUUGCUAGUAGUUUUCAUUCCUGUAUCGAGGCUUGUGCAAGCUGGAAUACUUAUCCAAUUGGGAAAUCUGAGAAAUGUGAGGCAGUUUCUUUUAUUCCAGGCUGGAGCAACAUCGCCACGGCGGCUGGUGUCCCGGCUGCCGGUAAUUGCUUUCUCAAGCCGGGCCCACAGACAAACGGCAAACUGGAAUAUACAGGCGGUACUACACAUGCCGCUAUUCUAAAAUCUUAG